UGAGCGUUCCUCUCUUGGAGAUAAUGGCCCUCGUCGACGACAUCACCGAGCGUGACGAACCGAGCGGCGUCCUGUGCAGAUGGCUGAGCUGCGUCGCUCCAGCUUCUGUCGGCCGCUGCCUCGGCUCGUUGCCUGCCGCUUCCCGCCGGUCGUUCGACGCACCAGCUUGGGCGGGCUCACACAGGGUCAGUGCGCGGUAAGAGUGUGACGAGUCACAUGACGCGACGACGUCCAAGGCGCAAGGGCCUCACGGUUCAUCCUUGGUUCUCCUUUUUUCCGCGGGUCAUACCAUCGAUCCUUUGAUCCUCCCGCACAAACGGACAAACGUCCAUGGCACUGGAACUCGACCGGGCUGUCUUAUGUGUGUCUGCAACACUAUAGCUUAGUAUAUGUGCAUCGAUCUC